AAAUGUGUACUUGUUUAAUCGUAUGCUUGUAGGUUAUGCCGGGUGAAACGCGUAUAAUUCAGUAAAUUAAUCAUCUUAUAUAUGAUUGUAUAUUAAUAAUAGUGAUAAAAAAUAUAGUGACACGUUUAAUGAACAAAUGUGUACAUCGUGAGUUGCGAGUGUGCACAUACAUCAAGUAUAACAUAAUUUUAAGUUAGGUUAGGUUACAUUCCAUGAAAUAUUAUUUCUUUAAAUAUUGAAAACCAAAUUUUAAAUCAUCAAAAUGGACACGGAUUUAUACGAUGAGUUUGGAAAUUAUAUUGGUCCUGAUCUGGCGUCGGAGAGCGAGGAUGAAAAUGAAUAUAGCAAUGUUGGCGAUGACACCGAGGAUAGAGAACGAUCGGAUGAAGAAAUGGAAGAAGACAAGGAUGAGUCACGAGAGCAAGUGGACCAAGGCUCUUCUAUGGCGGUUGUAUUGCACGAAGAUAAGCGAUAUUAUCCCAGUGCCCUAGAGGUGUAUGGACCUGAGGUAGAAACGCUUGUGCAAGAAGAAGAUGCCCAACCGUUAGAUAAACCACUAAUAGCACCUACUAGAAAAGCAAAGUUUCAAAUAAAACAGCAACAGUUGCCUGAAACGACGUAUAGCAUUGAAUUUUUAGCAGAUAUGAUGGAUGCGCCGCAUCUUAUUAGAAAUGUAGUUUUGCUGGGACAUCUUCAUCAUGGCAAAACUACCUUAGUCGAUUGCUUGGUACAACAAACGCAUCCUUAUAUACACAGCACAACCGAUGAGAAACCAUUGAGAUACACAGAUACAUUAUUUACCGAGCAACAAAGAGGCGUCUCCACGAAAGCUACUCCCGUUACUCUCUUGCUGCAAGAUGUUAAAUCUAAAUCAUAUCUUUUAAAUAUAUUUGAUACACCGGGCCACGUGAAUUUCUCUGACGAAGCGACAGCUGCGAUCCGAUUGUCGGACGGCGCGAUAUUGAUCGUUGACGCGGCGGAGGGCGUGAUGCUGAACACCGAACGUCUGCUGAAGCACGCGAUUCAGGAAAAACUCGCUUUGACAGUUUGCAUAAAUAAGAUUGAUCGUUUGGUAUUGGAGUUGAAACUACCACCCUUGGACGCUUACUACAAAUUACGACAUAUUAUUGAGGAGAUCAACGGGCUAAUAGCAUUGUACUCUUCGGAUACCGAGAACCCUGGCUUUGUUUCGCCUGCCGUAGGAAAUGUUUGUUUCGCUAGUUCCGAAUAUAAUGUGUGCUUCACUUUGAAAUCAUUUGCCGCGCUCUACACUAGGAACUAUCCUGGACUUAAUGCCAACGAAUUCGCCAAACGACUCUGGGGUGAUAUUUAUUUCAACCCUAAAACACGGAAGUUUACUAAGAAACCGCCGCAUAAUACUGCGCAGCGAAGUUUUAUUGAAUUUAUCCUGGAACCUCUGUAUAAGAUAUUCGCGCAAGUCGUCGGUGAUGUAGACACAACAUUACCCGAUGUUUUGGACGAACUCGGAAUACGAUUGACAUCCGAGGAGAUGAAAAUGAAUAUACGACCAUUGCUGAGACUUGUCUGCACGAGAUUCUUAGGAGAUAUGUGCGGAUUAGUGGAUAUGUGUGUCACUCAUGUACCAAGCCCGCAAGCACACGCACCUACUAAAGUACAGCACGUCUAUACUGGCCCGAUGGAUUCGCCUCUCACGCAAGACAUGGUUAACUGCGAUCCCGACGGAAGACUAAUGAUCCAUAGUACAAAGAUGUAUCCAACCGAGGAUUGUACCCUAUUUGUAGUUCUUGGCAGAGUAAUGUCCGGUACAUUGGAAGCAGGACAACGCGUUCGCGUAUUAGGUGAAGCGUAUUCACGCACAGACGAGGAGGACUCGCGCGUUCUUACAGUGGGCAGAUUGUGGAUCAGCGAGGCGCGUUACUCGAUAGAGUUGAGUCGCGUGCCUGCGGGCAACUGGGUCCUCAUAGAAGGUAUCGAUCGGCCGAUCGUAAAGACUAGCACCAUCACGGAUCUAAACAACUCGGAAGAAUUGCACAUCUUUCGGCCACUCAAGUUUAAUACGCAGAGUGUUAUCAAAAUUGCCGUCGAACCGGUCAAUCCAUCCGAGUUGCCGAAGAUGUUGGAUGGUUUGCGAAAGGUAAACAAGAGCUAUCCGCUACUGGGUACGCGAGUGGAAGAAAGCGGCGAGCAUGUCGUGCUGGGAACCGGUGAACUUUAUCUCGACUGCGCGAUGCAUGAUCUGCGUCGCAUGUAUUCCGAGAUCGACAUAAAGGUGGCCGAUCCGGUGGUCGCCUUCGCGGAAACUGUCGUGGAGACCAGUUCCCUCAAAUGCUUUGCUGAAACGCCAAAUAAACGGAACAAAUUGACGAUGAUAGCAGAACCGCUUGAGAGGGGUCUCGCUGAAGACAUAGAAGCCGAACAUGUCCGUAUUACUUGGAACAAAAAGAGACUUGGAGAGUUUUUCCAAACAAAAUAUGAUUGGGAUUUAUUAGCAGCGCGAAGUAUAUGGGCAUUCGGUCCCGACUCUACGGGACCCAACAUUUUAGUGGACGACACUCUGCCUUCCGAAGUAGAUAAAACAUUGUUGAACAGCGCCCGUGAUGCUAUCAUCCAAGGCUUCCAAUGGGGAACACGCGAAGGUCCGUUAUGUGAAGAGCCGAUCCGGAAUGUCAAGUUCAAAAUUCUUGAUGCAGUCAUCGCACAGGAGCCGUUGCAUAGAGGAGGUGGUCAAAUCAUCCCUACUGCUCGACGUGUCGCGUAUUCCGCUUUCCUCAUGGCGACUCCGCGACUGAUGGAGCCGUAUCUGUUUGUCGAAGUACAAGCGCCCGCGGACUGCGUGUCCGCCGUUUACACCGUUCUGGCGAAAAGGCGAGGUCACGUGACGCAGGAUGCCCCAGUUCCGGGCAGUCCGUUGUAUACGAUCAAGGCCUUCAUACCAGCGAUCGACAGUUUCGGCUUCGAGACAGAUCUACGAACGCACACCCAAGGUCAAGCGUUUUGCCUGUCCGUUUUUCAUCAUUGGCAGAUCGUGCCCGGAGAUCCCCUGGACAAAAGCAUCACCAUCAGGCCGUUGGAACCGCAGCCAGCCACCCAUCUGGCCAGAGAGUUCAUGCUGAAAACGCGAAGACGCAAGGGACUGUCCGAGGACGUGUCCAUCAACAAGUUCUUCGAUGAUCCUAUGCUGCUCGAGUUGGCCCGGCAGGAUGUGCUACUAAAUUAUCCCCUCUAAUUUAAUAAAUAUAUAUAUCACAUACAAAGUAACGUGUAAGAUACAUUAUCGAGCAUUAAAGUUUCACGUCUCGCAUGAA